AUGAGUCAUAAUAACAAUAGUAGUACAAGUCCUAUGAUUGGUGUUGGUGGUGUAUCAAUGUCGCCGACACCAUCGACAAUGACACCACCUCUUCCUCAUCCUCCAACCUUUUAUUGCAAGAAUGUUGUUCAACCAUCAUGUAUACUAGAGACACUUAGAGGUAGAUUCUUUAAGGAUAGUAAUAAUAAUUGUGGUGAUAGUAUACUUUUGGUUAAAGAAACAAUGAUUGAUGUUACAAGAUAUAAUGAUACUAGUAACCAGAAUUCAUUUGUUGUACCUUCUUCUCAAUUAUCACAACAACCACUACAACAACAACCUCAAGAAGAAAGUGAAACUAGUCAAGAAGAUUCAUCAAUGUACAAUGAUGAUAUAUCACCACUUGAACCAUUAUAUUCAAUUCCUUUAUUCUCUAUUGUGAGACAAGCUGUCAUUCUCUCACCGAUUUCAACAAACUAUAUCAAUGCAAAUACCAUGGCACCAACAACUGCAACAUCAACUACUGAAACCAUGUCAGAAGCAGAUGAACAAUUCUAUUAUGGAAGACGUCAAGAUGAGACACAGUCAAACUCAUCAUCAAGUGGAGGAGAUUCAUUAUCAAGUAGGAUUAAAAAGUUGGUAAAAAAGGAAAAGUAUAUUGAUAGUGAUUUCAGAGACCGAGAUAUAUUGGUAGUUACAUCAGAUUCUUGUUAUCUUUCAUUCAUGUCAUGGUCCAAUACUCUUAUGCAAUUCAUCUCCAUUCAACAAUACAAAAUAUCAGGUGCCAAUGCUAAAUUUGAUACUAAAUCAUUAGGUUCUAAAAUUAGAAUAUCAUCUUGUCAAAGAUUAAUUGCAGUUUGUGCAAUUAAAGAUAAUAUAAUGUUGUUACCAGUCAAUACAAAUAGAGCAACUAGGACAACCACAACAACGAUUGUAUCAAAACGAAUAGAUCUUAAAAUCAAAGGUCCAAUCAUUUGUAUGGGAUUCUUGGCAUCUUCAUCACCUGACAAUAAUAAUCAUCAUUUAAUUUAUUUACAAGUUUCAACUAAUACAGAAAUACAUAUGAUUGAAUUUAAUUUAUAUACAAAUGAAUAUUCAAUACGUAAAACACAUACACUUAAAGACCAACAACUCGUUCCAUACCAAUUUAUUUCAAUUCCAAAUCAACCAAAUUUAUUCUUUUUGGUUUAUGAUUCAUCAUUAAUUUUAUUUAAUAGGGAUUUACAUUCAUGUUAUAAGAUUAAUUUCAGUACUAUUUAUUUGGAUUUUGAUGAAAAUGUUGAUCGAUCAAAGGAAAUGAUAUCAUCAUUUUGUUGGACAGAUGAUGAGAAGAAACGACAAAUAUUAUUAUUGACUAGUGAUCAGGGAUCAUUGUAUAGAAUAGAGUUGGAUUUAAAGACACUCAAGAGUUUUACAGCUCAAGUCAUUACACAUGACCUCAACCCUAUCAAAUCAAUAUUACUACUUCCAGGUGAUAAUAGAACAUUUUUGGUGGUUGGUGAUCUUGCAGAUAGUGAAAUCAUUCGACUCGACAAUGAAUUUAAAUCAGUUGCCAAGGACAGAAUUGGUGGAUUCAUUCAAAACAACUCACCUAUUAUUGAUUUUUGUAUAGAUCAACAAAUUCCACCUGCACUCUUACCACCCACAUCUACUUCAUCUGCUAAUCCCUUAUCAUUCUCUCAACAACAAUUAUUACUUCAAUCUUCUCCAACAAACAGCAAUAAUAAUUUAAAUUCAAGUAAUCCUUUAUUAGCAUCAUCUGAUACAAAUUAUAGUACUACAAUAACAGAUAAUAAUAAUAAUUGGUUAUUUAAUAAUCAAUAUCCAAAUCAUUUACAAACAAAGGUAUUUAUGAUUUGUGGAGGUGGACCAUCUUUUGGUGGAGUGAGAAUGCUAGAGAAUUGUGCAGCGAUGGAUAUUAUUUUAAAGAUUCGAUGUUUGGCAACUGGUAUUUGGAGUUAUUCCUAUCAAUCAGAUAUCAUUACAAUGGUAUCACUAUUGUCCAAUGAAACUAUCAUCUUUCAAUUCUACAGUAACAAUGAUGCAUCUGAUAUUACAUCCAACUGUAAUUUCGUGACUGAUCAAACCACACUGUACAGUGGUGUCAUGACCAACGCCAAACAUUAUCUUCAAGCCACUCCAGACAGAAUUCGAGCUGUAUCGUGUGCAUUUGACACACAUGUCGAUUGGUUCCCAGCACCCGAAUAUGGAUCGAUUGUACAAUGCACUAAUCGUGAAUCGGAUAUCAUCGUCUCUCUCUCUCGACAAAAUACUCUUGUCCACCUCGAAUAUAUCAAUGGACAAUUUAUCCAAAAAUCAAUUAGAUUGUUUGAUUCUGAUAUUUCAACUAUUCAUCUACCAAAUUCAUUUGUUGUUUCAAGUUUUAGUAGGAGUACUAGUCAAAGUCAGAUCCUAUCAAAAUAUUUAUUUGUUGGUACUUAUACCAAUGAAAUUCAUAUACUCUCAAUGGAUGAUGACAAAUUAUUAUCGACUAUCUAUUCAUACUGUCAAUUACAAGCUAUUCCACAUUCAAUAGUUGUAAGUCCGUUGGGUGAUAUCAAUCAUAAUCUAAAAAUCAUUGUUGGUAUGAGAGAUGGAUGUUUGGUCAAAUUUGAAUGGAAUGACAUAACCUCUAAUCCAUUUACUCAAUCCAUUAUUUUUACUUCUCAACUUUCAAAAUCACAUGUUGAAAUUAUAGCAAAUGAAGAAAAGGGAGCUUUGAUUAUUACAGAUAGAUCAUAUUAUGUUACUGGUAGUAAAGGUCAUCUUUCACUUGCUACCAUACCUUUUAAUAAUGCCUCUGGUGGUGCUAUUCACAGUACCAAUGUUGGUGGACACGAGAAUUUAACUGGUCUCUAUAUUGCCUCGGUUGAUUUCUCUAAAAAUAAUAUUACAAAAAUACCUUCAAGAGAUAUUAAACCUUUAGAUCAAGGACCAAAAAAAUUAUUAUUUAUUAAAGAAUUUCAUAUUCUAGUAUUAAUUUAUGAUAAACAUAUUUUUAUUCGUGAUUCAAACUAUAAAAUAUUAUAUCAACGUGAACAUAAUAUGGAUAAACCUUUAUUCUUAAAUUAUUGGAAUACAAAAAAUUUAAUUAUUUAUGGAGGUGAAUCAAAUCAAAAUAGUUCAACUAGAAAUAAUAGAGGUAUUGCCUAUUUCUUGAAUAUUCAUCUUCAAGAAGUUGAUAUUGGUAUUACUGAAUUUAAAACAUUACAACAACCAAUUCCAAUUAAUUCAAUUGUACCAUUAAGUGAUGGAAAUAUAAUUGUAUCAACAUCAAAUGAAACAACUAUACUUGAUAUUGCAAAUAGAACAAAUACAUCAUUGAUGAAUGCUAUUAUAACAACAUCAUCGAUUCAAUGUAUAUCAUAUCAACCUAUUACCAAUCGGGUGUUGUUUGGAACACUUAAAGAUGGAAUGUUUUUGUACAAUUACAACUCGUCCAACAAUUCGCUGAGAAAAAAGAUUGGACAAAAUAUGCCACUUGCCACUGCACAAUGUGUAUUUAUAACAGACGAGUUGUUUGCUGGUAUUGAUCGAUUUGGUAAUUUCUUGGUACUCGAAUACGAUGAAUUGUUGGAUGCAGAUGUCGAUCGAUACGAGGUGCGCGACCCAGUAUCAAACUACAGCAUCAAAGAAGGGUGUCUAGGUCUACAACGAAUGGAACAGAGCAACAAUAUUUUGGCGAGUGGGUCUAGUGGUGGACUGUACCUAUUUGCUCGACUUGGCAAGGAAGAAUACCAAAUACUCGAGACACUCCAAUCGAUUCUCUGUCAAUUCGACUUGACAAAGUCUCUGACUGGUAAUGACCACCAAUGCUAUCGAUCCGAAGUAUCAAUGGUAAAAAAUAUUCUAGACGGUGAUAUGUUGGUACAAUAUCUCGAACUUCAAGAUACUUUACAAAUAUCAAUUGCAACCAUCAUCAUUGAUGAAUUAAAACAAAAACAACAAUUAUUAAAUUUAUUUGAAAUGGAUCAACAACCAAAACAAUCCGAUAAUAACAAUAUUCAACAACAACAACAACAAUUGCAAUUGGAAAAACAAAUAGUAACCAUCAUUAUCAACCUUUUGGAAAAGAUUAAUAAUUCCCUAUAA